UUAAUUUUGCCUGUCUCAAAAGGGGCUCUGUGUUCUCACGCAAUGAUAUUAUAACGUCACUGACGUAGACGACUAUAAUAAAUAAUGAAUUUGCUCGCUUAUCACGUGGUGCAGCGUCUGAAUAAUUUAACCCCUACGUUACUACACUAGCUUACGUCCCUUUUUGCAGCAUCAGUGAAGUAUCCCUCCCUACGACGACCUUAAUCCCUACAAUGAUGAUAUUUUCGCCUUCAGUGCUGCGGUAAAUUAUCUUAAAUCACUGGUAGUGUUUAUGGUGAGAAUUUUAUGACACGCAAACGGAAAUGCCUCCUGCUUGUUAUCCACCUGCCUUUGGAUUACGCCACCGUGUCGCGCCGCUGUGAGCCGCAGCACCGCACUUCAGCAUCGGCACAGCUGGACAGCGGCAGCAGCCUGGGAGCUGUUUGGACUCUGGACAUUCUGACGGUACCCAUCCACUACAGAGGAUUCACUGUGUUCCUUCACCUUCACCUUCACUGGUCAUGUGGAAACAUGUGAUAAUGAUGCUCUUCUGAAGAACAGUGAACAUCUCAGCUGUUUUCUUUGUGACUCCCAUAGACAAGACCAUAUCCCAAAGCUUCUUCAGAUCUUCUCAGAGUAUCAGCCCCAUUUAUCACAGCCCCUUGAUCCAUAACCAGGCUCCAAGAUGAGCGGGCUGUUCGCCAAACUGGACCCACGGCGGAUUCAAUGGGUGGCCAACUGGUUUGCCUUCCAGUCCCGUGUCCUGCGCACCAAGCCGGUGGAGUCCAUGCUGGAGAGCACGGGAGGCACUGGGGCUCACGACACUAAACUCGCCCGCGUUCUCUCCACCGUGGACCUCGUGUCUCUGGGAGUGGGAAGCUGUGUCGGCACUGGCAUGUAUGUGGUGUCUGGACUGGUGGCUAAGGAAAUGGCAGGGCCCGGGGUCAUUGUGUCUUUCAUCAUCGCUGCCGUGGCCUCCAUCCUGUCAGGGGUGUGCUAUGCUGAAUUUGGUGUGCGUGUGCCUAAAACCACAGGAUCGGCAUAUACUUACAGCUAUGUGACAGUGGGAGAAUUUGUGGCUUUUUUUAUUGGCUGGAAUCUGAUUUUGGAGUAUCUGAUUGGUACAGCAGCAGGAGCCAGUGCACUCAGCAGUAUGUUUGACUCGCUGGCCAAUCACAGCAUCAGCGGCUUCAUGAUCAACCACAUAGGAACGCUCAACGGCUUGGGUAAAGGGGAGCAGGCGUAUCCGGACAUCUUGGCCCUGGUCAUAGUCAUCCUGGUCACAGUGAUAGUUGCUCUAGGUGUGAAGAAUUCUCUCGGGUUCAACAACGUGCUGAAUGUCAUCAAUCUGGUGGUGUGGGUAUUCAUAAUGAUUGCAGGCCUCUUCUUCGUCAGUGUCAGCAACUGGGAUGAGGGACGUUUCCUGCCAUAUGGCUGGUCAGGGGUCAUGCAGGGUGCAGCCACUUGCUUCUAUGCCUUUAUUGGGUUUGACAUCAUAGCCACCACCGGAGAGGAAGCCAAGAGUCCCAACACCUCCAUCCCCUACGCCAUCACUGCCUCUCUGGUCACCUGUCUCACUGCCUAUGUCUCUGUGAGUGUGAUCCUCACUCUGAUGGUCCCCUACAUGGACAUUGACACAGAUGCUCCACUGAUGGAGAUGUUUUCUCUACACGGCUUCCAAACUGCCAAAUACAUAGUGGCCAUUGGCUCCAUUGCGGGACUGACAGUCAGUUUGUUGGGCUCUCUCUUCCCAAUGCCGAGAGUCAUCUAUGCCAUGGCUGGAGAUGGUUUGCUCUUCAGGUUUCUGGCCAGUGUGAGCACAUACACAGAGACUCCUGCAGUGGCUUGUGUUGUGUCGGGCUUCCUCUCGGCUCUCUUGGCUUUGCUCGUCAGUCUGAGGGACCUGAUCGAGAUGAUGUCCAUUGGCACUCUGCUAGCCUACACGCUUGUGUCGGUGUGUGUGCUACUGCUGCGUUACCAGCCUGAAGGAGACAUUCACGGAUUUGUCAACUUCCUCUCUGAGCAGAACACAAAGCGUAAGGAGGGAGUUCUAGCAGAGUGUGAGAAGGAAGCCUGUUCGCCGGUCAAUGAGGGCGAUGAGUAUGGAGGAGCUCCAACAAACACCUGUGGAGCCAAGAACUUGCCAUCUCUAGGAGACAACGAGAUGCUGAUCGGUAAACCUGACAAGUCCACCUACACCUCCAGUCACCCCAACUACGGCACAGUGGACAUGUCCUCAGGCAUCGAGUCAGGCGAGACAGAUAGCGUGUACCUGCUGAAACUAAAGAAGCUGCUGGGACCUCACUAUUAUACCAUGCGCAUUCGGCUAGGCCUGCCGGGAAAGAUGGACCGGCCCACUAUGGCCACUGGCCGCAUCGUCACCCGCUGCGUCAUUCUGCUCUUCAUCCUCAUCUUCUGCUUCUGCUCCCUCAUCAUCUUCGGGUCGGGUCAGGUCGCUGAUGGCCAGUGGUGGGCCGUGCUGCUGCUGGUGCUGCUGCUGCUGAUCAUCACGCUCUUGAUCUUCAUCAUCAUUCAGCAGCCGGAGAACCCCAAGCGCCUGCCCUACAUGGCUCCCUGUGUUCCCUUCGUCCCGGCCUCUGCCAUGCUGGUAAAUGUUUACCUCAUGCUCAAGCUCUCCACCAUUACAUGGAUCCGUUUUGGCGUAUGGUGCUUUGUGGGUGUUUUGAUCUACUUUGGCUACGGAAUGUGGAACAGCACCCUGGAGAUCACGGCACGCGAGGAAGAGGCCCAUGCCAGCACAUACCAGCGCUAUGACAUGGGUGUGGACGAAAACGUUGCAGUGGAUGAUGAUUUGUACCCUUCUGGAGAAGGAGGGGCAUUCCAAAGCUGGGGCUCCCAUGAGGGCAAAGGUGGGCACCAGAAACAACAACGCCAGGAGCAGAGUGAACCUCAGCCUGACGGCCUGGACAGGGUGGACAACCACAGGACCUCCUCUUCCGCCACACACAGCAGGGCCAAAAACAAAGCUGGCAAACCCAGUCCAGGCUUUGAGGCAUUAGUAGUCGACGACGAUUUGGACGAUCCCUUGGAAUGAGAAUGUAAUCCAAAUGUACUUGCCUGCCAGCAACUGCAGAACCUUGGGCUAGGUUGUUAUGUCUCUGAAAUGAGUUUGUAUUUUAUUCCUAUUCCUUAAUUUGCAGCCUUUUUCACUACUGAUAGGAUCAUGAGAAUGCACAAGAUGGGACUGAACUUUUAGAAGGCUUUUUUUGACCACACAGAACCUAAACAGCCUAAAUAUUCUUUCUUCAAAUUAAAUCAAUUUUAACAUUUAGAUCCCUAAUUCUCACUAAAUCAUUUUAUCCAACUCUUAAAUAUGUAUAAUCUAUUGUUUCACUUGAAAUUCCCCCUAACUCAAAUUACAGUAACUAGCAUGGAAUUUAUUAUCCGUUGAGUAGUUUAUUACUGCCCAGUAAGUUAUCACACUCCCACAGCCGUUCCCAGUAUGAGCGUUUUUCAGCUGUCAGGAGGAUGUCCGUUUACAGGUCACUUCCUGAAGUCUAUUAGCCCCAACACUAUGUAGGGUCAAUAUAAAACCAGGAAACAUGUGAAGCCCUAAAACACUUAAAGCGAUUUGCACACUUGUGUUUUUCAGUAAGCAGCUGUUUUAAUAUUGAAUACAAAAAAGUUAAUUCUGAGAAGCAAAGAUAGAUGGUAAUCAUAAAAUGCGACUGGAAUUGAUAGUGACCCCACUGAAUCAAAGGCCUCGCUCAAUUCCGCUCUAACUUCUAGCCCAAGUGAGGUUUGGACUGUAGGUUGUCACGAAUAGUAAUUGGACUUUGCUUGCAAUAGUGCCUUCGUCUGUCAGUGUGUGCUUUAAAUAUGACCAUCAAGACGUCCAUGCUUGUUUGUUUGUCAUUUCUGUUGAUGUGGACAUAUCCAUGGGUUUGUUUUCCUGGUGAAGGUGCCUGUCAGCCGUCCUGUGUCACCACCGACCAUCCAUCCAUCUUAUGUGCCAGUGACUCCGCUUCAUCCUUGCAAGCAGGCAGCUCUGUGUAAAUACUGACGGUGUGACCACAGUACGAUUUGUGUCUCUCGGCUGGUCAGUGUGUCCGCUGAAAAAAAAAAAAAA